UGCAACCGGGAUAAAGACAUUGAUGACACACUUUGAUUUCCGAGUCUCCCAUUCUCUAUAAUCACAACACAAGAAACAAACAAAUUGUAUCGGCUCUUUGCUUAUGCUGAGCCCCUAGCAAAUUUAGUCGGUUAGUCCUACUCCUACUCCAGGUCUUUAUUUCUGCGUGAUCGAUAUUGCUCUCCAUGUCUGUUGAACGAACUUUGAAGAAGCUAGUUUCUGGUGUCAUCCUUGAUUUGGAUGGUACACUUCUUAAUACAGAUGGAGUUGUGAGUGAGAUUUUAAAGGGUUUCUUAGUUAAGUAUGGAAAGCAGUGGGAUGGCAGAGAAGCUCCUAAAAUAGUAGGAAAAACCCCAACAGAAGCUGCAGCUGCAGUUGUUGAAGAUUAUGGGCUCCCAUUAUCAAUCGAUGAAUUUCUUUCACAAUUUUACCCGUUGCUCUCUGACCAGUGGCACAAUAUCAAAGCUCUUCCAGGGGCCAAUCGAUUGAUUAACCAUUUGAGGGAUCAUGGUGUACCCAUGGCAUUGGCUUCAAAUUCUUCACGAUCUAAUAUAGAGACCAAAAUUUUACAUCAUCCAGGAUGGAAAGAAUCAUUUUCAGCUAUUGUUGGAGGAGACGAAGUGAAAGCUGGAAAGCCAUCUCCGGAAAUAUUUCUUGAAGCAGCUAAAAGACUCAAGAUGGAUCCAUCCAGCUUUCUUGUGAUUGAAGAUUCAAUACCAGGUGUUACUGCUGGUAAGGCUGCUGGAAUGGCAGUAGUUGCUGUACCAUCUCUUGCAAAGCAGUCUCAUCUUUAUACUUCUGCUGAGGAAGUGAUCAAUUCUCUUCUAGAUUUGCAACUGGAAAAGUGGGGACUCCCUGCAUUUCAAGAUAGGAUAGAAGGUACUCUGCCUUUAGAACCUUGGUGUAUUGGUGGUCCUGUCAUUAAGGGAUUUGGGCGUGGCUCAAAGGUUCUUGGGAUCCCCACAGCUAAUUUAUCCCCAGAAGGAUAUUCAGCCAUUCUUUCAGAACAUCCAGCGGGUGUAUAUUUUGGAUGGGCAGGAUUAUCAGCUCGAGGUAUUUACAAGAUGGUCAUGAGCAUUGGUUGGAAUCCUUACUUCAAUAACACAGAGAAGACAAUUGAACCAUGGUUGCUUCAUGACUUCAAUGAGGACUUCUAUGGUGAGGAAUUGCAUCUAGUUGUUGUGGGCUACAUAAGACCGGAGGCCAACUUUUCAUCACUCGAAACCUUGAUAGCAAAAAUUCAUGAGGACAGGAAGAUUGCAGAAAGAGCUCUCGAACUUCCUCAGUACUUGAAGUACAAGGACGAUCCAUAUCUUAAAAAAAUCUCGUUGCCUCGGGAAAAUUGAUUGUUGAGGCCUUGAAAGUCUUUGUUGCUUCUGAUUGGGAUUGCAUCUGUCCUAUUUCCUCAGAAUUAUAGCAAUGGACUUCCCAUCAAUUGCGUGGAACGCUCUUCACAAAAAAAAUUGUAAUAAUUGAAUGUAUAGCUGAAGGAGUAAAAGAACCAAGUAAUGGUUAUAAAGUGGGUUAAGCAUUGCUGGGGGGCUAAUGCCAGUGGUAAAGGUUUUCAAGUUCAGGUGUCCAUAAAGUGUGAGCCCCUUGGACCUAUUUAUGUGAAUUUUCUGCCUUGGACAGAAUUUUUUGUGGUUGUGAUGUUGCAUUUUGAAAUAAUGAAUGGACUUCAGACUCUGGUAUUGAAUUCUUUCUUUUCAGACAGAAA